AUGGCGACCGACAACUCCGACCCAAUUCCUCCCCACAAGACGUUCGAUACCAUUUUGGUUCUCGACUUUGGCUCUCAGUACACACAUUUGAUUACACGCCGACUCCGUGAGCUGAACAUCUAUUCUGAGAUGCUGCCAUGUACCACUAAAAUUGCCGAUCUUCCUUUCACACCAAAGGGCAUCAUCCUCUCCGGUGGCCCAUACUCAGUCUAUGAGGAGGGCGCACCCCACGUCGACCACGCUGUCUUUGAUCUCGGCGUCCCAAUUUUGGGCAUAUGCUAUGGACUACAAGAGAUGGCAUGGCACUUUGGCAAGAACGCCGGAGUAGCCGCAGGUGAGAAGAGGGAAUAUGGACAUGCAAACCUCAAGGUUGAGAACCACGGCGGACACAUGGACGAGCUGUUCAAGGACUUGGGCAACGACCUCGAGGUCUGGAUGAGUCACGGCGACAAGCUCAGCCAUAUGCCCGAGGGCUUUGUGACUGUUGCGACUACGAACAAUGCGCCAUUUGCGGGCAUUGCGCACACAACCAGCAAGUACUACGGCAUUCAGUUCCACCCUGAAGUCACACACACAAAGAAGGGAACCACGGUACUGAAGAACUUUGCCGUCGAUAUCUGCCAAGCGAACACAAACUGGACCAUGAGCAAGUUUGUGGAUCAGGAGAUUACGCGCAUCAGGAAGCUUGUAGGCGACAAAGGGCAAGUUAUCGGCGCCGUCAGUGGUGGCGUCGACUCGACCGUUGCCGCUAAGCUGAUGAAGGAGGCUAUUGGUGAUCGCUUCCACGCCGUCAUGGUCGACAAUGGUGUACUGCGACUCAACGAGGCUGUACAGGUCAAGAAGACUCUAGACGAAGGUCUGGGUAUCAACCUUACAGUCAUUGACGCAUCCGACCUGUUCCUCGACCGCCUCAAGGGCGUGACCGACGAUCCGGAGAAGAAACGCAAGAUCAUCGGCAACACCUUCAUUGAAGUGUUCCAGAAGCAAGCCGAGAAGAUCAAGGCAGAGGCUCAUGCGUCCAGCGACGCUGGUGACAUUGAAUGGCUCCUUCAGGGUACCCUCUACCCUGACGUCAUUGAAUCACUCUCGUUCAAGGGCCCCUCGCAGACCAUCAAGACGCACCACAAUGUCGGCGGUCUUCCCAAGGACAUGAAGCUCAAGGUCAUUGAGCCUCUGCGCGAACUCUUCAAGGACGAGGUUCGUGAACUGGGCAAGGAGCUCGGCAUUCCAGAGGAUCUCGUCUGGCGCCACCCAUUCCCUGGCCCAGGUAUCGCCAUCCGUAUCUUGGGCGAGGUCACUCGCGAGCAGGUCCGCAUUGCACGUGAGGCUGACCACAUCUUCAUUGAGGAAAUCAAGGCUGCUGGUCUGUACAGGAACAUCAGUCAAGCGUUUGCGGCGCUUCUCCCUGUCAAGGCGGUUGGUGUUAUGGGUGACAAGCGUGUGCACGACCAGGUGAUUGCACUGAGGGCCGUCGAGACGUCAGAUUUCAUGACGGCAGACUGGUAUCCAUUUGAUGGCGAGUUCCUCAAGAGGGUGAGCAGGAGGAUUGUAAACGAGGUCAAUGGCGUUUGCCGUGUGGUUUACGAUAUCACCAGCAAGCCUCCUGGUACCAUCGAGAUGGAGUAG